AUGUUGAGCCUGCUUUUCUCCCCUUCUGAACUGGCUGGUCUCGUUGAUCUUACUGAAGUCCUCGAGCCUGGUCUUGAACACGGCGUUGUCGACGCCGACAUGUGUUUGAUUUUGAUGCCUGAGUUGAGGGAACGCUGUUGCAAAGAACAGGCAGGGUACGUUAGUCUGAGUUUCGAGACGAUCUCGGGGUACGGCCCCAACGGCGCGGUGAUUCACUACGCCGCACAGAAGGAGACCGCGCGGGAUCUUGGGACGGACAGCCUGUUUUUGCUGGACUCCGGAGCCCAGUACACCGACGGCACGACAGACGUGACAAGAACGGUGCACUUUGGCAGUCCUACCGAGCACCAACGGCGUUGCUUCACCCUUGUCCUGAAGGGUCACAUCGCCCUGGCCCGAGCGGUGUUCCCGGAAGAUACCAUGGGAAGCAAGCUCGACGUGCUGGCGAGACUUGCUUUGUGGGAAGCGGGUCUGGAUUACCGGCACGGGACGGGCCACGAGAAGACUUGAACGGGGAGCAGCAGAGAUGGAGUAUUCUUUGGGGACGCGCCCCGAGCAAAACACAAGGCUGGCGGGCGGCGAGAGAGUAGUGGUCCCCUCUCUUUUUCUUUUCCUUACCUAGGAUGGCCACGACAAACCAAACCGCUUAUGACGUUGUGCGGACUGUGUGUAAUAGCACCCCCUAAGCUGAUCGGUCGUUUGUCCGUGCGCGACAUCAUCGGACCGGCCGCACCAGCCGUCGUAAGCACCUCCCGCACAAACCCACCUUCAACCGCCACCCUUCUCCCCCUUGCCGAUCCCCUUCGUGCCCCCCCCCCCGCCCUCCCCCACCUUACCGCGCCUAGCGCGCGCGCCCCCACCGG